AUGAGUGGGUAUUCAAAAUCUAGGUCCGACUAUAAUUUGAAUCAUUUAAAUUUAACUAAUUUUUCAGUUCAAAAUGGUAAAGUCAUUGGUGUUGUUCAUGCUGUGUCGGUGGGAGUUUCUAAACAUCCAGUAUCAGACGAAGAGUUUGCUCCUGGAGCCACUAAAGAACUUAGAACGUGUGCCUUUAUAGCUAAGGCUUGUGCUGAACGGAUCUGCGAACUUCGUGGAAUUCCAUUUACUCAGGAUGACAGAGAACGCUAUUUUUAUGAAUUCGACCCCCUUGAAUCUGACAGAAAGGGUCAAUCUGGAGGUGUGGCUAUCACAAUCGCCACUUUAUCUAAAAUUUUGAAGAGACAUCCGGUUAAAGGUCUUUGUACAACUGGACAAAUAACAAAUUAUGGUUUGAUGAUAAAAGUGGGAGGAUUAGCACAAAAAAUCAAAGCAGCAAAAGCAAUGAAUAUGGACAAAAUUUUGUUGCCCAAAACUAUGGAAGAAGAUUACAAAAAGUUGAAAGAAAAAUAUAAGAAAGGAAUCAAACCAAUCUUUGCGGAAAAUAUUGAUGAUGUAUUUGAUGUUAUAUUCCCACCUGAUGCCCCACCUGUUGCCCCAUGA